CUGUCAACAGUGUCAACUGUCAACAUUUUAGGUUAUGUAUUGAAUAUUGCAUGUUUUAGACUUUUUCUUUUAAACUCUAUGACUGUUUCCAUUAAUUAGUGUGAUAUUCGGUGCUUUUAGUAAUAAAAAUGGCAAUUUCUGGCACUAAACGAAAGCGUGUUUCGAAAAAAUCCAAACUAUCGUGGAGAAAACACACCAAAGUGAAAGAUAUCGAGACUUUUCUUGAUGACCAACGCGAAGAAGAACGCUUGGGAGCCCCUCUUGAAGUACUCACAAACGAACAACUGUUUGUUCUCGACACCAAACCACAAACCGAGUUAUUAACUUUGAGAGAGAAACGUAGACUUCGAGCUACAAGACCGCUAAAGGGCUUUGCAGCGUUACAACCACAUACUGGCGUUCCUGAUCCGAUUAAAAAAAGAAAUCGCGUAAAAACUAAAGAAGAGAGACAAAAGAAACUCAUAAAGAAAGAGGAUAAAAAUCGGAAGGCUAAAGAAAUUGAUGCUGUUUCACAAAGAAGGUUGAGUGAGAUCAGACGUGAAAAUGAAAGAAAUAAACGUGGGAACUUUAGCUUAGAUCUAUGGGGUGACACAAUAUCCCUUUCUAGCGAAUCUACUAUACAAAAGAAAGCGAAAGAGGCUCCAAAAGAUUUACAUAAAAAAAGAAGCGUUUUACCAGCAGUAGAGCUCCCCCAUCCCGGCAUGUCUUACAAUCCUUCGUUCAAAGACCACCAAGAACUACUACAAAUCAUUGUACAGGAAGAAUCAAAAGUUAUAAAGAAGGAAAAACAUCUUGCUAGAGUUACAAAGGAUAUUUUUCGAAAAGUAUCACAAGACAAGCAACAAAAAGAAUGGAUGAGUGAAAUGUCACAAGGAUUAGACUUGAAUCAAAAUAUGAAAUCAAAAAGUACCAUAAAAAAGGAAGAGAAUUAUGAUAGGAAAGCUAUAAAACAGGAAAAACAUUCAGCAAGAAGAGUCACAAAAGAUGCACAACACAAUGAAUGGCUUACCGAAACUGCACAAGGAUUAAACAUAAAUGAAAAAAUAAAAGAGGAAGAAAAUGAAGAUGAUUUGGAUAGAAUUAGCAUUAACCCUCCAACAAAAAACAAAAAGAAAACCCUACAACAACGCAGGAAACAAAGGGAACAACUGGAGUUAGAAAAACAAAGAGCAUCUCUGAAAAGAGAGAAGAAGAAAAUUGGAGACAUUCACAAAAUUAAGGUUCUCAAACAGAAUCUCGAAAAAAUCGAGAACAAACAGAAAAAACUAAGGGAGUUACGUAAAGUAAGGUUAGAUAAAAAGAAACUGGAACCAAAAGUAUUGAGUUCCAGCAAAAUAGACGAUCCGGGAUUUGAUUUCCAGAUGGGUGAAAAAAUAUCAGGAAAUCUAAGAUCUUUGCAAAAAGAAGGGAAUAUAUUAAGUGACAGGUUUGUGAGCCUUCAAAAACGAAAUAUCCUGGAACCAUCCAAAAGAGCACACAGAAAAAGACCCAAAAUAAAGAAAUAUGUUAAGCCUGGUCAUAAAGACGAUUGGGAAGUGACAAUUGCACGAGAAAAUAAACUUUUAUCUAAGAAAUAAAAAAAAUUA